ACCGCGCGCGCGCGUUAAUUCCACCCAUCGUUCCGCGAUGCCGCGCGACGCGCCUCGUUGUCCGUCCUCGUCGCGAUUCGUGCAUACGCGCGCACGCGAUCCGUAAAACCGGAGGAACGGUCGUCUCGCGUCGGCCGCGGCCAGAGUUCGUUCGCCGUCCGAGUUUACUUUCUAAAAGUUCCCCCGUCGCGUAUCGUCGCGCGUGGCUCGUCCGCAUCCUCCCCGGUGACUUCGCGUUCCGCGAUCGGCCGCGAGAACGGAACAGAACAGAACAGAACGGAACGGAACAGCUACCGGCCCGCCGCGCCGCGCCGGGAACGCGCCAGUUCGACCGAUUUUUCACCACCGCGUGGCUGGAUGUUAUAUCACGAACCACGGGAGUGCGGGAGAUGGCGGUCAGUGUCGUGAGAUACCUGCUCCUCGUUCUCCUGGCUUCGCUGCAAACGCUGCUCCGACACCACGGUGCAAGCGCUGACACCAAAACGUUCAAGGACCUGUUCAACAGCUCGUCCUGCGCGCAGCCGCCCUUCGAGUGUCCGCACCCUCGAAUCGAAUAUUAUUUAUACACGAGAGACACGCAAAAGAAACCGUUACGCUUAGACGUUCGAAGAUUCGAAUCGCUUCAUUAUUCCAGGUUUAACAAGUCGCACCCUACGAAAAUCAUAAUUCACGGUUUCGGCGGAGGAAGAAACCUAAUACCUAGUCCAGAUCUUCGGAAAGCGUAUUUCGCGCGAGGCAAUUACAAUAUUAUAAUCGUCGAUUAUGGUACCUUGGUACGCGAGCCCUGUCUAUCGCAGAUACAGUGGGGUCCAGAUUUUUGUGCUCGAUGUAUUGCUCAAUUGGUAAGGUACUUGAGGGAUCAUCCUCGCGGCACGAGCGUCGAGAAUAUACACGUGCUGGGAUACAGCGUGGGUGCGCACAUAGGCGGCCUCAUCGCGAAUUACUUGCCCGAGGACAAACUUGGAAGAAUCACAGGGCUGGAUCCGACUAUAUUUUUUUACAUGAACGGCAACCGGUCGAUGGACUUGGACGAAACCGACGCGUACUUCGUCGACGUGAUCCACACCGGUGCUGGCAUUUUGGGCCAGUGGGGGCCGACCGGACACGCGGAUUUUUACGUGAACGGAGGCUCGAGCCAACCCGGAUGCGCGACGACCUCUUUGCUUCAGACCUUGUCAUGCGAUCACACAAAGGUAACGCCUUAUUACAUAGAGUCGAUCACGACAAAAGUAGGAUUCUGGGCAGCUCCGUGCGGAAAUCUUUUCUCCUACCUGAUCGGAUGGUGCAAACCGCGGCUGGAGGAAUAUAUUCUGAUGGGAGAAGACGCCCCUCAUACAGCUCGAGGCAUCUAUUAUCUGUCAACAAACGCGCAAAAACCGUACGCCCUCGGUCUUCCCGGAAAAAGCCAGCCAACGACAAAUCGGAAGCGAUCGUCCUACCACCAGUAUUGAGCUUACUCAAGCAACUGAUCAACAUAAUUAUAGAGUAGUUUAUCCGUAAUCGAUUUUAACCAUUGUACGUUACGUUCGUCUCUCGUUGUUGCGCUUUGUACAAUUUUUAAUUAGUCCUUACGUAAUAAACUAUUUUUUCUACGCAA